UCAGACGCCGGCUCUCAGUCCGCCGCUUCGGGUUGAGAGUAAGCAGAGAGUACGCAGCGCUCUGUGUUGACCAAACCUAGUGGAUGCAAUUAGCGCCGGAGGCCGGCCCAGCCCGUAACCAGGGUUAUUCCUGCCUUCUAGGUUUGCCAGGACCGACGGCCCUCCAGGUGCCUUCUCCCCCAGGUCUUUGGCUAUUGAUGUUACAAAAAAUAAAAUAUUGGAGCAUAGAGUUGAAGAAAAGACUCAAACCAGUUAAAAAUAUGGAUCCUGAAACAAGGAGACCAGAGAUUAUCAAAGUGACACCUCUUCAACAAAUGAUUGCCUCUUGUACUGGAGCUAUAUUGACAUCACUAAUAGUGACACCCCUGGAUGUUGUUAAAAUUAGACUCCAAGCCCAAAACAACCCACUCCCCAAAGGAAAAUGUUUUGUAUAUAGUAAUGGACUCAUGGAUCAUCUAUGUGUCUGUGAAGAGGGAGGCAACAAACUAUGGUAUAAGAAGCCAGGAAGUUUCCAGGGAACAUUGGACGCCUUUUUAAAAAUCAUUCGAAAUGAGGGCAUUAAAUCUCUGUGGAGUGGCCUUCCUCCUACCCUAGUGAUGGCAGUUCCUGCCACAGUUAUCUAUUUUACCUGCUAUGAUCAAUUAACUGCUCUUCUGAGAUCUAAGUUAGGAGAAAAUAAAACCUGCAUACCAAUUGUUGCUGGAAUUGUAGCCAGAUUUGGUGCAGUAACUGUGAUAAGUCCACUAGAAUUGAUUAGAACCAAGAUGCAGUCUAAGAAGUUUUCUUACAUGGAACUCCAUCGAUUUGUCAGCAAGAAAGUGUCUGAAGAUGGUUGGAUUUCCCUUUGGAGGGGCUGGGCUUCUACUGUUCUUAGAGAUGUACCUUUCUCAGCAAUGUACUGGUAUAACUAUGAAAUUUUAAAGAAGUGGUUAUGUGAGAAAUCUGGUUUAUAUGAGCCAACAUUUAUGAUCAACUUCACUUCAGGGGCAUUGUCUGGUUCUUUUGCAGCUGUUGUAACUUUACCAUUUGAUGUAGUAAAAACACAAAAGCAGACACAACUUUGGACGUAUGAAAGUUGUAAAAUUUCUGUGCCUUUGCAUAUGUCAACCUGGGUUAUAAUGAAGAAUAUUGUUGCUAAGAAUGGAUUUUCUGGAUUAUUUUCAGGCCUAAUUCCUCGCUUAAUUAAAAUUGCUCCUGCUUGUGCCAUUAUGAUCAGUACGUAUGAAUUUGGAAAGGCUUUUUUCCAGAAACGAAAUGUUCGAAGGCAGCAAUACUAGUAAUGCUGUUUCAACUUGAUAUAACAACUGUAGCCCAAAGAAGGUGGAGACUUAGGCAAGAAUGUUUUUCACCAUUAUUUUCUUAUAAUGAUUUUAUGUCUUUCUUUCCUAUAAUUUAAAUAAAUAAUUUCAGCUCUACCUCU